CCUGGCUUGUGGCCACAACGUCCUAGAUGAAGAUGUCCCUGGCUCAGCGGGUCCUCCUCUCCUGGAUCUUUGCCCUGAUCUUCCUCAUCAUGCUGGUCCUCAAGCUGGACUCCAAAAUCCACUGGAACUGGUUUCUAAUCUUCCUUCCCGUGUGGACCUUUGACACCAUCCUCAUCCUGAUGCUGAUCGUGAAGAUGGCAGGGCGCUGCAUGCCGGACUUUGACCCCAGAGAUGGAGAGCAAAGCCUGAAGAGGAGGAUCUGGUACCUGGCGGCUCUGCUGCUGAAGCUGGCCUUCUGUCUGACUCUGUGCACCCGCCUGGAGGAGCUCGUCCCCAACAUGCUGCUCAGUGUGGUGUGUGUCCCUCUGUGGAUGCUGCUGGGUGGAGCACUGGUGGAACUGGGACUCAGUGUUUUUCACUUCAGGAGGGACUGAACUGAGGAUCUUUAUAAAUCGGACUCAACUGAGAGAUGAUUCAGUCGAUCAGGGUGAAAUCUGCUGUUACUGCCUAAUUACCGUGGCAACGGGUUACAGUUUGGAGCUCCAUCCUUUUCUCCAACACCAGGGACUUAUUUUGUGUUGUUCUCACUUUAAAUUAUAGAUUUUAAAUAUACAAGUUAAAAAAAAUAAAUAAAUAGACAU